AUGGUCGUGGUGAUACUUGUGAACUGCUACCGUACUCUUAUCUACUCGCGGCAAGAUUUCAACAUCGCUAAUUUCUUGAAAUCUGAUUUGGCUGCACAUCUGCAAGUGGUGGAAACCAAUAUCACCGACAAAAUCAAGGAUAAGAAUUCUGCUGGGCUUGGUAUCAUUGAUUUAGAGGAAUGGCGUCCUCUUUUCAGUGAGAAUGGAUAUAACAAAAAGCGGGUGUAUCAGAAUGAGUCAAUCAAGCUUGUCACAGACCCUAGCCUUUCCGAGGAGGGAAAAAGAAAGAAAGCGGAAAAGAUGUUCAACAACGCUUCUAUGCACUUCUUCGUCCAAACAAUUGAAAAAGCACGAAAACUUCGUCCUCAUGUUAAAUGGGGAUUCUAUGGCUUUCCCUACUGUAACUACAAUGCUGGAGUGAAGGAAGACGAUUAUGAGUGCUCGCAAACGUAUAAGGACUGGAAUAAUCAAAUGAUGUUCAUCUUCAACAAAAGUGAUGCUCUGUAUCCUUCAAUAUAUCUAGGACCCAACGAUAGGAAAAAUCACAGUCGUAGUGACCGAUAUAUACAGGCAAUUCUGACAGAAGCACGAAGAAUUUCCCACAUGUUCUCGCCUCCGUUGCCCAUUUACGCGUAUAUAAAGAUUGAAUACGAUCCACUAAACAACCAUAACGACUUCUAUUCCGAUGAAGACUUAUGCACAACGAUCAAGAAGCCGGCUGAUAUGGGAAUAGAUGGUAUCAUCUUCUGGAGCAGCAGCAAAAACAUAACUCAACGUUGUGCUUUAAUUAAAGGCAAAAUGGAUACGAGUGUUGGACCGCAUACUAGUGAUACGAUAACGGGGCACAAAUCUUGUCGAAGCAACUUGUGUAGUGGCAAUGGCAGAUGUAUCUCGAAGCAGAAUACAACGUGCAUCAGCAGCCAAGUCUACACUGUUAAUAUCAAUGAUUAUAAAUGUGAAUGUGACUACGGCUACACAGGCGAUGACAACUCGACGAACUAUGGAACAUCGGCAGGCUAUGAAAUCGCAUCAGACAUGCUCAGAAACUCCAUAAACUUCUCGGUUGAUCCUUGCGUAGAUUUUUUCGAGUUUGCAUGCGGCAACUGGUUAGCGAACCAUCCGAUUCCUAAAGACAAGAGCAGUUAUUCACUAACUGACUAUCUCUCUGAUAAAGUGAAGAAAGAAAUGCGAGGAAUAUUUGAAUCAAAGGAAAUAUUUGGUUCAAAGGCGAUGAACGCUCUGAAAGCCGUGUACACCAAAUGCAUGAACAAGGAGGAGUUGAACGCCAUUGGCUCCAAACAACUGCUGAAGAGGAUCAAGAACUAUGGUGUGUGGCCGAUAUUGGAUGGUGAUCACAAAUGGCGCGAGGAGGAUUUUGAUCUGACUUCUCUUCUGGCCCACGCCGUAGAAAGGGUGGAUGUGUUCAUCACUAUCUAUGUCGAUUUCGAUUGUUGGAACGUCUCGCGUAAGCUCAUCAAGAUUGACCAAAGUGACCUUGGACUGGGACGUUCCACCCGCGAUUACUACUUGGAUAAGGAAAAACAUGAGGCGAAGAUCACUGCGUAUAGGACGCUCCUCAUCAACAUGAUAACACUCCUCCUCAAAGACUCUAACCAACAUAACAACGUGACAAAAAUAGCCCAAGAUGUUGACGAAAUUAUUGACCUCGAGACAAAAUUAGCAAAAAUUCUUGUUCCGGAUAAGGACCGAAGAAAUCAUAGCGAGAAAUGUAAUCGUCGUCGACUCAACGACUUGGAAGAAUUGAUGCCCAUGGUGAACUGGACAAGAUACUUUCAUUCUAUCGCGCCCCCCGUUGUCCACGACUAUCUCGCUUCGAAUCCAGAAAUUAUCAUCACGGAAGUUGAUUUCAUGAAAAGAGUCACGAAUCUCUUGCAAUCGACGGAUCCUCGAAUUAUAACCAACUACAUCUACAUGCGCUAUUCAUUAGCUUGGAGGUUAGAGCUGGGAGAGCGUUACGAAGACAUUCAUCAGGAGUUUGAUAGUUUAAUGUACGGAAAAAAACAAAAAGCCCCAAGGUGGAAAGACUGCACUAGUAAUACCAUGGACAUAAUGAAGUACGCAGCUGGAGCAAUGUAUGUGAGGAAAAAGUUCGAAAAGGUAUCAAAAAAUUUGACUUUGGAAAUGAUCGACGAUCUGCAGGAAGCAUUCCACGAGAUGGUUACUACCAAUGAGUGGAUGAAUAAGCGGACGAAGAAUAAUGCUCUAAACAAAGCGAAACAGAUGCUUCGCCAAAUCGCUUACCCGGAUUUCAUUCUCGAUGAUGCAAAACUAGACGACUAUUACAGUGGAAUUUCCAUGAAAGAGACCGACUCCUACAGCGAAAUGGUGCAGAAAAUUAUAAGAUGGAACAUUGAAUUUAAUUACAAACGGUUGAUUAAACCAGCAGACCGAACUGAGUUCGAUUUUAAUGCAGCUGAUGUGAACGCCUACUAUGACCUGACGACUAAUUCUAUCAAAUUUCCUGCUGCCAUUCUUCAAGCUCCUUUCUUCCAUCACACUUUCCCGAGAGCUCUAAACUAUGGCGCUAUAGGAGCGAGACGGCAGUUCGACGCUGAUGGUAAUCUCAAAGAAUGGUGGGAUGCUGAAGUGAAAAAGAAGUUUGAAGAACGAAUUAAAUGUAUUAUCAACCAAUACGGAAAACUUGAAGUGCCUGGAACUGGUCUCAAAGUAAACGGUAAACUCACACAAGGUGAAAACAUCGCUGACAACGGAGGCGUAAGACAAGCUUUCAGGGCCUACAAAAACUACCUCCGAAAGCAUGGGGAAGAAAAGCGUAUCAAGGGAUUUGAGAAAUACAGCAACGAGCAAAUAUUUUUCCUUGGAUUCGCUUUGAGCUGGUGCGGCCACACAACACAUGACCACAUGAUAAAUCUGCUACUUACUGAUCCGCAUUCUCCUGACCGUUUUCGAGUGAACCAAGUGUUAGCCAACCAGCCCGAGUUCGCUGCAGCCUACCAGUGCGAUGUGGGCACUCCAAUGAAUCCUGUCGAGCGCUGUGCUGUGUGGUAG